UCAGACGAAUCGUGCAACUAAAAAUUAUAUAAAAAUUAAAAUUUACUAAGGAUUGCAUUUCAAUGGCAAACAUAAACAAGAAAGAUGGAAUGAACCGUCAUAAGAAGCGGUUCUUGGUUGACCGCCUAGAGCGUAGUUGCCGUCAAAAGCGCCGCUCUAGUCCGCCCCAUUUGUUGGCCCCAAUGCCAUCAAGUAACAACCUGGCCCGGAGGAGGUGCAGUUCGUCUACGUUCGAGUGGCGAAAGAGGGUGCAGCACUUGGAUCAUCUGGAAGACCAGUACAUGCGUGAUGAGCAGGAGAUGUGGAACCUCGAGUUCUCAGCCGAAGAGUGUCCCAAGCGGGAACAACCGCCCAUAAGGGUCAAGCCGAAUAAAAAGCGUGCCAAAACCGUUGGCGUUCAGGUGAAUGUUCCAGGGCUCUCUGCUCGGGCUGAACGCGAUCUUUGCGAGCGCGAGCGUAAGCAGCGGCAGAUUCUGCUGCGACGGGAGAGGGAGCGUGUCGAGCGGCAGCUCAGGGAGCAGGAGCGGGAUAGGCAACGCACUCUGCUGGCCAAGCAGCAGCAGCUGGACCGUCAGCGUCUGGAAAAGGCACGUCAACAGCGCGAUCGGCGGUUGCGCGAGCAGCAACAGAAGGUCAAGGAGCGACGCGACUACGAGCGCUAUCUCCUUUUUAAAAAGCGCGAGGAACAGCGACUGCAGGAUCAGUGUUCGCGAGCACGGAGACGUCCUUCCACACCUUCAUCGCAGAAUGUAGAGUUGGUGGAGGAAGUUGGAAUUGUCCUCCAGCAGGCCUCCAGACAGGACCCCAAGCAGAACCUCAGGCACAUGUCCCUUACCGCCAUGACGGUGCCAGCCGAAUCAGACCCAUCCCAGAGUGCAAGACGCGAGCAGCAAUUGCACCUACGGGCGGAGAACGUAAGACAAAAAGUGUUGGCCUAUGAGAAGCUCAAGGAAUUUCAUCGAGAAAAGGCCAGGGCCAAGCGGGAUCGGCAACUCAGGAUGCGGGAUGUGGAGGUGUCACGCACGCAGUUCGGGGAUGCUGAGAUGACAAAUCUAAAGGAAACAACCGAAGAAGAAGCGAGGAAGAAACAAAAAAAAGAGAGGACACAAGGACACCAGAAAAAGGAAAUGUUUGAACAACUUAAAAGCGAAAUAGUGCAAAUGGAAGACUUAAAAGGAAAGGCAAUGCAAAGACAAGAAAGAGAGAUUAAGGAGCUCAAGAUGAAACUCAAUGAGGUGCAAGACCGAGAAAAAAGGUACAAUGAGGUAAUAAAGAGAAUUUCUCAAAACUCAAAAGAACUUGAAAAAAGAGAGAAAGAUGAGUGCGAAAGACUCGCUGAAGAAGAGGAACUUCUAAGAGAAAAAAGGCUUUUGGAGAAGCUUAAGCGAAGCAAGAGCGAAAGGGAUGAGUUGGAUAGAAAAGCCAGAGAGGAAGACCUAAAGAGGGAACAGAUUCUAACAAGGUGGGUUCAAAUGCAAGAGCUACAAGAGAAGAGGGAAACAGAAGAGCGAGAAGAACGGCUGAAGAGUGUUGUAGAAUGUGAAAGGAAAAUUGAGGAGACUGUAAAUACGGAAGAUAAAGCUAAUAAGCAAUCAGUGGAGGGACUUGAUCGAUUGAAAGAGGUCAACGAUCAUCUCAGUCACCAAAGUGAAAAGCUAGACCAAAAAGAGAAAGAGAGGGAUGAAAGGCUUCGGCAAAUGAGAGAGAGAAGAGAACAAGUAAUUCAACUGGAAUGUGAGAAAAGAGAGUUCGCAAAUAAUCUCAAGGAGCAAUUCGAAAAGCUAUUGGAAAGUCACAAAAAGGAUGAGUUGCUGCAAAAUCAUUUGGAGAAAACAAGGCUAAAAAAAUCACAAGAUCUGGUAACAAUAGAAGUGGAAACGGCGAUCAAAAGCCAGAAUUGUGAAGAUCAGGCUACCGAAGAAGCCCAAAUAAGAGAGGACAGUAUACCGACACAGGACACGAGGAUCAUUGCAAGUGAGGGAAAGACAAAAACCCAGCCACAGAAUAUGGAAUCACCUCCAGGAGACGUAAAUCCCAUACAGCGUUCAUCUAGCAAGAAGAUCCCACGCGGAGAAAGCAAUGACUUCCUAACAAAGGUCCAGUCGUGUUGUCAGCAAGGUGAACCUGAGCCAAAAGGUGACCAGAAUGUCAGAGUUUGGUCAAGUAUGCUUAUGGAAAAAAACAACAGACUUAAGGACCAGGUCCUGGAGUGGCGGCAGGUGCUCGGGGAGUUGCGCUUGGAAGCGGGACAACUGGCAGAACAGAACCCUUCGGGCAGCCGUUGCCAAAGAAAGUCAUCAAUUGCAGUUCAGGAAAGGAAAAUCGAAAACAACCCGGUUGCUGAGAAAGUAGUCGACGAUAAAUGGUCACAUCUAUUGAAGCGCUGCCCGAAAUCCGGAGAAAAGGCCAGUUCCAGCCACGAGUACUUUCAGCCUGGAGCAUCAAAGACUCGCAGCGAACGAUGGUCUCGUUUCAUUGGCAGUGAAGAAGAAUCCGAAGACAAGAAUCUUGCAAGCCAAAGACGCAAUCGCGAAAGCUCCUCCAGCAGCGAAAACAAUCCGGACAAGGGUCCUCGCUACUCCCUCGUGGACACGUGUUGUCCGCGCAAUAAGAUCUAUACGGUUGAAGAACAAAACAUUCAACCAACGCCAUAUGGAAACAGCGAGCAGCAGAAAGCCUAUAACUCUUAUGUUCGCAAACGGGUGGCCAAGUGGCGCAAAACGCUUAGACCGAAUUCACUUUCCACUGACGAGGAAGAACCUGAGGAGCGAGAAAGUGGUGGAGGCAAAUCGAACAAACUUGGCUUGACAUACUGCACGCAAACUGGGAAAAAGCGUUAUCCAAAGAUAAGAAAAGGUACAUUUAAACAGAAGGAUGACCAGGUGCAACAGAAUCAGCGGGUAUUUGGCCAUCUUCUAAAAGAAGCUCGGACAUCUGAGUACCAUCAAGAAACUUUAUCUGGUGAAAUCUGCCUUUUGCAGCGAAAGUUGUUGGAGGGCCAAGCCAGUGCUACAAGCCAACAUUCCCAGAAAGCAGCUAUGCAGGCUGCUUGGCGUGUAAUCGGCCUUUUCCAGUUGGAUGAUGCAUAUGCCAGUUGCGAAGAAGAGUUUGAAACUUCUGGAAAUGAAUUACCCGAGCAGAUAUAUCUACAGGAGACCGAAAGCAAGAUGAAGCUUCCUAGGCCUGUCUUUCAAACUCUAAUGGCACCUCAGUUUCCAUCCAAUCUGCCCCAUCUCGUUGAAAAAAUGGUCGUGUUGGACAAUGAGCUGGAGGCGCAUCUUAAAAAGAUUUCCAAUCGCGUCUUUGCACGACAAGGUGGCAAAGAACUGCGACGGAAAAUGGAUCACUUGGUGGACCAACAGCGGCGCACACAAAGGUUAUACCUGGCCAAAAUGUGUCGGGAGUCCGAGGAAGAGUUGCUGCACCAUUGGAGGCGGCUGGCCAGGAACUCGCUGCUCGGACUGAGGGAAGUCUUUCACGACUAUUGCGACAUGCGUGACAGACUGCCAUGCAUGGCCAAACAGACCAUUGAGGGACUAUAUAGCGAAUGGAAGGAGCGGAGGUUUGCAGUUCAAUAAAUACAAUUGUUACAGAGAUU